AUGUUCUCUAAGUUCGUCAAGCCCUCAAUGCUGAGGCCCGUCGGCGCCUUCGGCCAGCUCUCCAAGGCCGGCUCCAACGCCCGCUUCAUGGCCACCGUCCACAACACCACUCCCAAUGUCGCCAACAAGGGCCGCAUUACCAGGGAUCGUGCCACUUUCACCAUCAAGAACGGCCCCAUCUACUCCGGAAAAUCAUUCGGUGCUAAGAAGAACAUCUCCGGCGAGGCUGUUUUCACCACCUCCCUCGUCGGCUACCCUGAGUCCAUGACCGAUCCUUCCUACCGUGGCCAGAUUCUCGUCUUCACCCAGCCCCUGAUCGGCAACUAUGGCGUUCCCUCAUCCGUCCGGGACGAGUUCGGCCUGCUGAGGUACUUCGAGUCGCCUAACAUCCAGGCAGCCGGCAUUGUUGUCGCCGAUGUCGCUGAGCAGCACAGCCACUGGACUGCGGUUGAGAGCCUGGCUGAGUGGUGCCAGAGGGAGGGCGUCCCCGCCAUCUCCGGUGUUGACACCCGUGCCAUCGUCACCUACCUCCGUGAGCAGGGUUCCUCUCUUGCCAGGAUCUCCAUUGGUGAGGAGUACGAUGCCGACGAGGAUGAGGCCUACAUUGACCCUGAGGGCAUCAACCUUGUCCGCCGUGUGAGCACCAAACAGCCUUUCCACGUCAGCUCGCACCUUGGCGACAUGCACGUUGCUCUGAUCGACUGCGGCGUCAAGGAGAACAUUCUCCGCAGCCUCGUGAGCCGCGGCGCUAGCGUCACUGCUUUCCCGUACAACUACCCCAUUCACAAGAUUGCCCACCACUUCGAUGGUGUCUUCAUCUCCAAUGGUCCCGGUGACCCAACUCACUGCCAGGACACCGUCUACCACCUGCGCAAGCUCAUCGAGACCAGCCAGGUCCCUAUUAUGGGUAUUUGCAUGGGUCACCAGCUCCUCGCCCUUGCCGCUGGUGCCCGCACCAUCAAGAUGAAGUACGGCAACCGUGCCCACAACAUCCCGGCACUUGACCUUACUACUGGCAAGUGCCACAUCACGUCCCAGAACCACGGUUACGCCGUGGACACCGGCUCGCUGAGCAGCGAAUGGAAGGAGUACUUUGUCAACCUCAAUGACAGCUCCAACGAGGGCAUGAUCCACAAGUCUCGCCCCAUCUUCAGCGCUCAAUUCCAUCCGGAAGCCAAGGGCGGCCCGCUUGACUCUGCCUACCUCUUCGAUAAGUACAUCGAGUGCGUGAAGGCCUACAAGGACUCUCAGUCUGUCUUCUCGGCUGGCAAGAGCAACAAGCCCAACCCUCUGCUCGUCGACCUGCUUCCCAAGGAGCGUGUUGGCGUGCACCCGGGUCUUCCGGAGUACAACGAACACCUGGGUCAGGUCGCGGCACAGCAGCCCGCUCCCCUGCAGGCCGCUGCUGCGUAA